AGUAUAACCUAUCUUUUUAACGUUUAAAUUGUGUAAUCUUGAUUUACGUUUGCUAUUUUUAUUAUCCUAUAAAUAAUAUAGAAAGCUAUAUAAUCUAUACCUUUUAUUAAAUAAAAUUAAAUUGUUUCGAUUACAAUAUAAAAAAAAGUUAUUUUUUGCAAUGUUUCUAAUUUAAUAAAAGAUAAAAGUUAAAUGAUAAAUAUAUAUUUAAUAACAAUUAUUUUGAGUGAUUUAUUAACGUUAUGAGUAAUUUAACAAAUAAAUUGCGGAUACUUGCAAUUCAUGGAUAUGCUCAAUCAGAUGAUAUUUUUAAAACAAAAUUAGGUUCUUUUCGAAAAGGAUUUAAAAAAGAAAUUGAUUUCGUAUUUUUAAAAGCACCACAUAAAGUUCCAAUGAAAAGUAAUUUUGAUAUUGAUGAUGUUGAAGAAGCAUAUGGAUGGUGGUUCAAUACAAAAGAUCAUAUAUUUAAAGCAAUUGUGCCAAGUAACUCAGUUAUAGGUUUUGAAGAUAGUAUAAUUGUAAUUGAAAAGGCAUUUCAAGAAUCUGGACCUUUUGAUGGCAUUUUAGGAUUUUCACAAGGUGCAGCAUUUGUUGUUAUACUUUGUUUUAUGCAACAAAAAAAUUUGUUACAAAUCAAAUUUGAUUUUGCAAUUAUUAUAUCGGGAUUUAAGUCAUUAUGUGCACCUCAUGCAAUAUAUUAUGAUGGAAAAAUAAACAUACCUUCUUUACACAUAUAUGGAAAGACUGAUAAAGUUAUACCAACAGAAAUGGCAGAAGAAAUUACUGAAAUGUUUAUAAAUAAAAUAAAAAUGACACAUGAAGGAGGCCAUUAUAUACCAAGAAUUAAAUUGGUUACGUAUGCCUAAUUUCCAAGAGAAGGUCCUUGGCCUUAUAGAUACGAAGGCGUCGAAUAUUCGUGAAUGAAUCUUCUUUCUGCAGUGACGUCACUGGUUGCCAUUAGUCCAUCGAGUUGCUUAUAAGAAAAGCGCGAUCUAUGAAAGAGCGCUUGCGCUUUUCAAAAUGA